GAUUUCUUCAGCUUGACGGAGUGAUUCAGCCGCAGAGAAACRGAGCGCAGCUUCAUCCCUGCGCAGUUUCUGGUCCUGCCCCAGAAACCAGCUGCUGGACCAGGAUCAACACCGCAAAGGAGAUACCGGACCAGGCCGAACCGAACCGAACCCAAACAACCUGAUCCGAACUGAGCCAGGCCAGAAUAUAGACAGAGACAGACAGACGGUUUCAYCUCCUUCUGCAGACUGAGCGGAGUCUUCCUCACCGAGUCAGCAGAGAUGAGAACAUCCUGUUGGUUCCUCUUGAUUAAACUGAUCCAGGAUCAGUGAUGUGGGCUCAGUUUCUGCAGCGAUCCAACAUGGCUGCCUCAGCGCUGACAGUGUGUGUGUUUAUCCUGCUGCUGGCUGGGAUCAGAGGUUUGCAGUCGGAGGACAGAGARGAGAGAAUCUGCGCGUUUGCCAGCAGCCUGAAGGGGGCGGAGCCUGUCUCCACCAAUGAGCUACGAGGAGAGGUUCAGGAGAACGGCACGAUACGCUGCAGUCGCGGCUCCCGCUGCUAUGGAUUGUGGGAAAGACGCGCAGACGGAGAGAUGCAGCUGCUGAACCAAGGUUGUUGGAUGUAUGUGGGCCACCACCAGGAGUGUUAUGGUGACCGCUGCAUCCUGGUGACAAUGGCUCCAUCUCAGAUGCAGAAAGCCAGCUACCAUUUCUGCUGCUGCAGCCACGACCUCUGCAACAGUAACUAUACUGAAGCUCCGCCCACUGAUGACACGCCCAGCCUGAGGUCGAUGAGGAGGGAYGACCUCAUCCUCAGUCCCACAGAACUGAACAGCACAGGUUGUCUGUCUCAGUACCUGUCUGUUCACACUGUGGACUGGCUGACCUGCUGCAGGAUGGCCCACGGCGUCACCAGWGGACUCGCCUUCCUGCACACUGAGCUCUACAGAGGAGACCAGUACAAGCCCCCCGUGGCCCACAGAGACCUGACCAGCAGGAACGUUCUGGUCCGAUCCGAUCUGUCCUGUGUCCUCGCCGACUUUGGCUUGUCAAUGAAGCUGACUGGAACCAGAACCUGUCGGCCCGGAGAAGAUGAAACCAUGGCCAUAUCUGAGGUGGGGACGGUCCGGUACAUGUCCCCGGAGGUCCUGGGAGGAGCGCUGAACCUCAGAGACUGUGAGUCGGCUCUGAAGCAGGUGGACGUGUACGCCCUGGGUCUGCUGUWCUGGGAGAGUUUCAGGAGGUGCUGCGACCUGUUCCCAGGGGAAGCCGUUCCAGAGUACCAGCUGGCGUUCCAGGUCGAAGUCGGGAAUCAUCCGAGCUUUGAGGACAUGCAGAUCCUGGUGGUCCGAGAGAAACACAGACCCAGAUUCCCAGAAGCCUGGAAGGAGAACAGCCUGGCUCUGCGGGCUCUGAAGGAGACCAUGGAGGACUGCUGGGACCAGGACGCCGAGGCUCGACUCACGGCUCAGUGUGCUGAGGAACGCCUGGCUGACCUCGUCCUCCUGAGCCCCCAUACAGCGCUGCACAACCACAGGAAUCUGACUCACAGCCGCUGGACUCCUCAGGUUGGCUCCGCCUCCUGCUACAUCGAGGAUCUCCAMGUGGGCGUGGUUAAAAACCUCCAGGGAGACGGGCACUCGGCGUCGGUUGUCAGGACGGCAAUGAGUGGAGCAGAAGUUGGAGAGAAGAACAGGAACUGCAUCAACCAGCAGCGGCAACAGAUUAAACCUCGUUCGGCCUCCUCAGACUGCAGCAUGAUGACCUCCAGCRCCCUGAGGGCUGACUCUGUCCUUUGCAGCGUCUCUCAGCUAAACGGGGGCGCUGCACCCAGUAUUCCUGUCUGUCUGCAGCUCACAGAGGAAGACCUGGAGGCCUCCAAACUGGACCCUAAACAGGUUCAGAAAAACCUGAGAGAAACUUCCCAGGAAAACCUGAUGGARYAUUCUCAGAAGCAGUUUGGAUCAACACCACAAACCUCCAACCUGCAUCACAGUGUGGAGGCGACCAAUCAGGAAGCAGCAGGACCCUCCUUCUCUGUCCAGCCCCUCCCCAAGCAGCAGAACGUCCCCCAGAGGCCCACCAGCCUCCACCUGCUCCCCAAACCCAGCGAGUCCCGGCUGAAGCUGGGAAGGCUCAGGUCCACCCACCGACAGGUGGAGACAGGUGUGGCUAAGAUGAACCAAGUUAUCCCAUCUGUGGAGGCACAYCUGGUUACCACGGUUACCAACAUGAGGGGCAGCGCCGCGAACGGGACCGAGGUCCUCUGUGCCUCCAGCAGCCACAACUCCGGCGUUCCUGUUCUGGUGACCAAUAAGACGAGAGGAGGAGGGAGAACCAACCCUGCAGGGCCGCAGGAGGAUGAGGGGGAUGAAGGACGAAGAGGAGGAGGAGGAGGAGGAGGAGACGGGGACAGCCGACUGAACCUGAAUCUGAACUUCAGUCCUGAUGAACAUGAACCUCUGCUGAAGAGAGAGCAGCUUCCUGCUGAGAGCGACCCUCCUCCUCCUCAUCAUCAUCAUCAUCAUGGUCCAUCGAGCAGAGCAGGAGGACAAGGAUCCAACUCCAACAACAACAACAAUCGCCUCCCGCUGGGCUCAGAGCUCCAUCUUCCUGCAGAGGUCAGUGUUCCUAAAGCAGAAACCAGGAACAGUGAACCUCCUCCUGCAGGCUCAGUUAUUCAUCCUGCAUUAGAAAUGGUGUCGGUUCAGCCUGAGGCCAGAAGUGAAGCCGCAGAUUCUGAAACGUGUCAGAAAGAAAUGAAAACUCCAGCAGAAGGAGGCCAACAGGAACAGAACUCAGCCUCAGAAGCAUCAGUAGCUCCUCUGAACCCGUCGUUGGUAGAGAUUACAGCUACAGCAGCUCCACCUCUGGACAUCUGCACCCUGGAAACUAAAGAUUUGGAUCCUGCUCCUGCAGAAAGUCUGGCAUCAGAGCCUGUAGAGCUGCAGAAUCAACCUUCAGAAGCUCAAACAGCAGGUCUGUUGCUCAGGCCGACGAAAACCAGGAGGCCGGAGCGUCCAUGUUCCCUGGACCUGUCCUCCUCCUGCAUCUCCUCAGAUGAUGUUUCUGUGAUGGAUCACGGCAGUCUGAGCGCCACAGGUGAGAAAAUCAAGCGCCGCGUGAAGACUCCAUACACCCUGAAGAAGUGGCGUCCAGCCUCCUGGGUGGUCUCCUCGGAUAAYGAUCUGGACCUGGAGUUUGAGUUCAGCAGCGGUCAGGUCCAGGUGUCGUCUGGCCCACUCAGAGCAGGAGGAGCAGCUGUGCCCAGAAUCAACCAGUCCAAGUCCAGCAUGGCUGUGUUUCUGGUCGGAGGAGGAACCACGGCGACCACGACCUCAGAGGCGGAUGGGAUGACCCAGUUCUGAGAAGCCUGCUGCACCCAGUGGAGAUGUUGUCUUCUUCUUUUUUUAAUAAUUUAACUUUGGUUCUUAGCAGUUAACUAUUCUGAAUACAAAACAAAAACAACAUCUGAGGUGGAACAGACCUGAUGGAACUGAUGCUGUACAUUUAGAGGGCAUUAUUUGUGAAACUCGUCAGAUGGAAAACAGGAACUGGAAUAAUCUACUCUGUGUGCUCAGCAGGGGGCGCUGUGCACCACAUCCUACAAUGAAUAGGAAAAAGGGCAACCAGAUGCAGAAGGAUACAUAGAGCGAAAUCUACAGGAUUUUCUUCUGUAAUUUGUAGGAAUUUUUAUUCUSUGGAAGCAGAAACAAGUUCUUCAAAUGUUUCCCUGGAUAUCCUAUUUAAAAAAAAUAGUGUCUGAGAGCAUUUUAGGRUCUUUUUGAAAGGUUACUUUAUAGAAAAAAAAUCUAAUCCUAAACCCUUGGUGCUGAGAUGAGACAAAAUGGUAGAGCCCCUUUUAGAUAGAUAAACCUUCCAGCUGGUUGGUUGUGACCUGCCUGAGUCAAAGCAUUUUCCUUUUUAUGYCUGUCACCAUGGCAACACACCGGACACACAGCCGGUCAGACAUAUUUCAUUAUCUCCACCAUUAUGGACUGAACAGUGUUCAUAAAGAUGAUUUCAAACAGUUGGAUAGCACCGAGAUUCACUUUCUCUGAUGUCCAACAGUAAAAAAAAUAUUAGUCACAUUCACACUUUAAWUGUUUGGCUGCCACUUUGAUAAAUGUCUUAAUUUGCACAUUUUUCUCAUCUUCAGGCCCAAAUCAAUAAGCACAAUAACAAAUCCCUCAAGAUUUCUGUACGGAAAGAGGAUCUGGUUAAUUUGGGUGUGAUGUCAUUUCCUGAUCCACAUUUUAACUUCUGAUGUAAAUCAGGUCUUUUUGAUCACCAGGUGAUCUACCUGGUGUUAGUGAAGAGGUUCUCCUCAAAUGCAGGUCUUUAUACCUGUAUUUGAGUUUUCUACCCAGAAUAAAACAUAAAAUAAUUUGUGAUAUUACUCUGAAAGGAGCCUGCAGACGAGUCGACGCUCUGGACAGAUUUUCAGACAUAAAACUGGAUCAGAUUUAAYCURUAGAUCUAUUAUUUAUAGAUUAUKUUAUAGAUGAUGAUUUCACAGAAAAGAUCAAAACCUYCCUGUUGACUCAGUUAGUGGGAACAGAGAGGCUUUCAUCCAAUCAUGUUUUAUUUCUUUAAGCACUUUAAGCACAGAGUUAGACUAAUGUAUUGUGUAUGUGGUUCAGUUUUAGCACAAAGAGCAACUGAUUUAAAAAGUUCUCACUGAAACAGAAAAUGUUGAUCUGCAGCUUCUGUCUUAACCUGUUUAGAGUCGGAUCAGAUGGUCAACAGACUGACAAGCCUUCUGUUGGAGAAUCUCUUUUAUUUUCACUUUUAAAAACUGGGUAUAAAGAACCAUAUCGAAGCAGGACUGAAGUCUGAAGACAGAGGAAUGAAAACGACAGGCAGGUUCAGGUUACGGCUCAGAUCACAGCGGAACUGAAUGGAAAACAUCAGAGCUGUUGGAAGACAGAAGAAAAAAUUUAAUCUUUUUGGUGAACUGGACCUUUAAACAGCUGCUGUCUUGCCCCGUCAACAUCGUCUUCUCCUUGAUGAUCCAUUAAAAACCUUUAGAGUUCAGACUUAAUGUGAUUUUAAAUAGUUUUAGUCUGUGAGGUUAAAAUCUUGAAUUCUUCAGAUUCUAUCAGAUCUCAUUUUCUAUCGUGUUAAAAGACAAACUGGUUUCCAGCAGGAAGUUUUUAAUGUCCAUUUUUCUAAAACAGGAGUUAGAUCUUUUUAAAAUAUAUAUAAAAACAGCAGAACAUGAAACAGGUUUCAGUCCAGUUUCAUGUUUUCUUUGAGCUUUUUAUAACAGAAGCUCUGCAGAUGCAGGAGCUUCUUCUGCAGACUGCGGCUGUUUUUAUAGAAAUGCCUGCAGCGAUAUGUUACAUUUAUUUACAUUUCAUCUAUAUUUAAAUGUGCACUUGCAGUAAAUUAGCAGCAUUUAGCAUUUAAUAAUGGUGUCAAACUGUUAUUUAAGAUCUGAAGAUGCCUUCUUAGUUCUGUUUGGUUAUUUUUGUAUUUUAUACACUUUGUACUGUUUUUAGAUGCUCUGUGUGUGUGUGAAUGUGUGUGUGAAUGUGUGUGUGAAUGUGUGUGUGAAUGUGUGUGUAUUCUGAGAAACUGUUCCUGUUUCAUGCAUCGGUGGGUAGACUGAGCUGAACUUCAGGGCCAGAUUAGUUCCUGGAGAACUGAAGCUGUUCUUUCAUCCAGGAGGAAUAGAACUUAAUGAAAGAAGACUUUUCAUGGGAGCGAUGGUGAAGGAGCUCUGGUUUUACUGGUUUUACUGGUCCAGGAUGAGUCCACCKGUCCAGCUGCUGCAGCCGUCAGUCAUCAUGUUCCUCCCACUAAAAGACUCAGCAGCUAAUUUUGUAGCCUCCCUCUGUACAGCUCUUUCUGCUGAUGGAUGACUGAACGUUAUAAACUGAUCUUUCAUUUGCUGGAUCUUGGAAAGAAAGUUAAGUUACAUCUUCAUCACAGUAAAUUAGAAUCUCACUGGGAACUUUGCUUAUUUCUAUAAAAAAGUGAAACCCAUAUAUUUGUUUCAUACACAGUCAUGUGUGUAUAAAGUGUUUGUUUCUGUUUAYUUUGAGGUUURUGACUUACAGCUAAUGAAAAGACMAAAUUCUGCUGGUCUAAAAAUACCAUAAAGGAUUUUAUACACAGUAAUGUUGACUUACUGAAAACCAUUGUCUAUUUGAGAGACAGUAAAUGAUUCUAAUUUGUGGUUUGGGCUCCUUUUGCAUUAAGUGCUGCCUCAGUGGGAUGYGGCAUGGAGACAAGCAGCCUGCGGUUCUGCUGAGGUGUUAAUGCGUCUUAAACGAGGCCAUCAGCUCAUCUGUGUUCUUAGCUCUUCUCUUCUCUUCCUCUGAAAAUUAGGACCUCGAUUUCCAAAUUCAAUGUAACAUUUUCUUUCAUCUGAAAAGAGGAGUGAGCCAAAGUCGAGUCCUUUUCUCCUGACGUUGGUUCAGGAGUGGUUCAACACAAWGUUUUCACUCAUGUCUUGGAUACAUCUGAGUGUCRGGACCAUGAAAAUCACAUCUUASGUUUUUAAUGARCUUCAUUUUAUAUCCUCUCAAUGCUCUGGUUAUCAUUAUUGCUUWUCCAUCAUUUAGUAGAUUUCUUUCUUCCACUACACUUUGCAUUAUCGUUCCUGGAUACAUCACUCUGAACAGACUGAUUCUGAAUCAAUUGUGCUUUUUAGCUUACUUUUCUGAUGCACUAAAUUUGAGGUUUUCAUUAGCUGUAAUAAUAAUCAUAGUGGUCAAAAUGAACAAAAAUAAAAUGCUUCAAAUAUAUCCAUAUGUGUAUAAAUGAAUGUAUCGUCUCACUUUUAUAAAUUUGUGAAAUCAAGUAACUUUUCCAUGAUAUUCUACAGUAUUGAGAUGUGACUGUAACUGUCACACUGUGCUGUUAGUUAAUUAUGUAUGUUAGAGGAAAAAACAAACAUUUUAAAUAGAUAGCAGCCAAGCAGUGUGUGCAUUAAGUUUUAUUAUUGCAAAAUGUAAAAAAAAAAAAAAAAACUGUAAAAAUGACGUUUUUCAGAAGUUUGUUUAUUAGCUGUUAUACUGAACUGAAAUCACAGGUUGCUGCUGAAUUUCCCUUUAAAGUCUUUACUGUAGCUCUCAUAUUUGUAUUUAAUAAUCCUUGUCUGCAUCUGUAGAAAUACAUUCAGAGUUAAUAUAUUCACCAAUGUAGCCUCGUGCAUGACGCAUCAGCUCAGUAAAAUGUUUUCUGUUGUAAACGCAGCAGGUUUAAWGGGGCUGAUUCUGGUUCGGUUCUGCUCCUGGACUUUCCAUCUUCAUCGAARYAAACCCUUUCAGUUCCACCAUCUUUAAAUAGCCCUCCUCUUGAUGCCUGCUGCCGUCUGAUUGGUCAGCUGGGUAAAAACCGAACAGAAGCGGCCUCUUUAAGCCUCCCUGUGAUCAUGUCCUGCUUGCCGUGUGACUGAUGAUGUAGAUAUAAUCCGAUAUGUACCGACUGUAUGUCCUCUGAUGGUUCAGGGAUGUUUGAGCUGUUGUUGAACUUGUUGUGUGUUUCUGUGUUUUUCUGUCCAACAUGUUUCCUUCAGUGUAAAUACUCACUGUAAGCUUCCAUAGGGGACCAAGUAGCACAGCUGUAUACGGUUAGUGUUGUAUUCUGAGCUGCUCACAGUUAGAACAUGUUGUAUCUCCUUCACUGCAUGCUGCCCAGUCCUGCACUCCAUUCUUUAGCAAGGUUCAUCCCAGCAUCUCAUAUAUUCAUGUAGAGAYUGAAAUAAAAAUAUUGGAGCUUUGA